AUGGCCAUUCUCCUUCCUUUGCACACCCAGCUUUUUUGGUCGUGCCUGGGCAUCUACGCCGAUGUUGUUAAGCUAUGUUUACCCAGCAAACGGUUGCGGAUGCUGGCGGAUGAAAUAGCAAGAUUCAGUCGGAAGCCACCCGAAACUGCCGUCGAAUCAUUGACGAGAUGUAUGAACGAAGCCACCUCCCUCGCCGAGUACGAAAAGUGUACGAUUGCGCUGGACAAGAUACAGGGGCAUGAGGCAUGGAAGGAAGCAAGAGAAUCGAUAGAACCCGGCUAUAACCCCGAUGUGAUCGAGACUCAGAUUGUCAUGCUGCAAAAGGCCGUUGCUACCUCGGACCUGAGUGGCAUGCAACACCUGCUAAGAACGGGCCUCAGUCGUGACCUCGGAGGCAUGAACAUGUUGCGACUAUACAAGCAUUCUUGGUUCGGGACCAAAUAUCUGAUAGACGACUACAUCAACAUGGUCCUGGAAACCAUCGACACCUUCGCUGAGGUGACUGUGCGGUACAACAUUCCCAGUGCAGAGGUUCGAUUUUAUCAGCAAUCGUUGGAAGAUGCGCUCAAGUACUUUGGACGGUCUGCCCUGACUUUGUCUGGCGGGGCAGUGCUUGGUAUGAAGCACGUCGGCGUGGUCAAGACUUUGUGGGAAGCCGAACUGCUACCAGAGAUCAUCUCAGGGGCAUCGGCGGGGAGCAUCGUCGCAGGCAUCGUGGGAACUUGGACCGAUGAGCGGAUGCCUGAAGUCCUGGAGAAUUUCCCCUUCUCGGAUUUGGCCGUCUUUGACCCUCCGGGGACUGGCAGAGUCGGAUGGGUGGUGAAUCGGCUACGGACAUGCAUGUAUUCGGGUGCCUUUUUCGAUAUGGAGAACCUCAAGAGGGUGAUGAAGUUGUGGCUGGGCGACAUCACCUUCCGUGAAGCGCACUACAAGACGGGUCGCACCCUCAACAUUUGUGUUUCUAGUGCCAGCAGCGCGGAGCCACGCCUUCUCAACUACGUGACCGCUCCAGACGUUUUCGUUUGGUCUGCUGUCUGUGCCUCCUGUGCAGUCCCCAAUGUCUUUUCACCAGUCAACAUUUACGAGAAGGAUGUUGUCACGAAAGAAGCAAGGCUGUGGAUGCAGAACGCUCAGCAGACAUUUGUGGACGGAUCCCUUGACCACGACAUUCCCAUGAGGAAGCUCUCUGAAAUGUUCAACGUCAAUUUCUUCAUCGUGUCUCAGGUCAACCCACAUGUUCGAGCCUUCCUCGAACCGGAGGAGAGGUUUCAAGGUCGGCAACCAACAACACCCCUACCGACUCGCAGUCCUCUUCAAGUGGCAAAGGGCCUAUUUCGACGAGAGAUCAUCCAUCGCGCACAACAGAUAGCGGAUCUCGGGUUUCCUCAGCAAUGGUAUCGCUGGGCUUCUGUCUUUAAUCAACAGUAUACUGGAGACAUCAACAUCCUGCCGGAGAUAAACCCCGCGGAAUAUCUUCACAUGAUGAUGAACCCGACUCCCGAAUUCAUGAUUGAAGCCACCAUGGCUGGAGAGAGGGCGACUUGGCCUAGAAUGUGUCGGAUUAAGAACUGUGUCGCCAUAGAACUGGCUUUGAUCCAGACCAUCCAUAAAUUACGAGACAGAGUCAACUUUGGUCCGGAGGCGAGAGCAGCUCGCGAGUCGAGACGGUCAAGCAGCACAGGACGCGCAAGCCGCGGACGUUCAGCUCUUCCGGCAUUUCUGAGAAGGCGUAGCCUCAGCAUCGAGUCUGCAACCAAUGACGAAAAUGGUCUCGGUCCACCCUCUCUGAGAGUCCGUCGCAAUGUCAGCCUGGGAAGCAUCUCUUUGAAACCAGCCAUGUCCAUUACGCAUACGCCUCGCACGACGCCAUAUUUGUCGCCCCAAUUAGGAGCUGACUACGACCGUCUGGGUGAAGCAUUGAUCAUGACGGCCACCCAGGAACCCGAAUAG